UGCAGCAUAUAAACCUAUCAACAUAUGUUAUGCUGCAACUGAAGGAGGCAUGAAAAUUUAAUGAUUUGCUUUAUUUAUAGGACUCUGCAUGGUGAAGAUGCCCAACCAUGGAAAACACGUUGAAAUAGUGGUCCAGCAGCUUAACAAAUUUAAUCCUGAAAAUCAGAGUAUGGAUCAUUUUUUGGAUGAGUCGACUAAGGUUUUGCAGGCCCUUAAUGUGACAGAUGGAAAAUUCGUGUUGGAGACUCUAGCAGGAUGCAUAGAAUAUAAACCUUUACUGGACAUAGUAGCCAAUGCUUUUUUUGUUCAAGAUGGGAAGCGUUGCCUGUCUUCUGAGCGCAAUCUGUAUGUGGUUAUUUGUUAUCUGGCCACUUUUCAACUGGAGGAGCUUGGUCUUCAGCAGUUCAGCAGAAUUGUCAAAUCUUUGGAUGCUGCAAAAAUGCAUAAGUUUCUUAGAUUCUUCUUCAGUGUCUUAAAUUUAAAUACCUGGAUAAAAGAUGAAUGGAGUCAAAUAUAUGAUUCACCUUAUGUGAAGGAAAAUUGGAUUGAUCCAUUGCUAAGAUGGCAGCCAAAAAUACAGCAAUUAAUUGAGCAACUUGCUGAUAAGUUAGAUAAUCAUGUUACUACUGUAAAGUCUUCAACAGUCACUGAACCAAAGGAGUUUAAUUUGACCAUUCCCAAGCCCCGGGCCAUUCCAAUACCUGAGCCAAUACCAUUACAGGAGAGGACUCAACCUGUUCCUCAGAGCACCUACAAACCUCCAAAGGAAAAACGGCAUCUAGAGGAAAUCAAACGCCAAAACCGCCAAAAAGCAGAACAUCUGGUGCUGGAAGCCAAUGUUAACAAGUUCAAGUGUGCAUUCUCCAAGCUUGAUAAAAGAGAGAAUGCAUCUGAGGUUAAGAAUAAACCAGAAUUCCAGGCUCAAAAGAUCCAAGGCAAGAUUGACAAUGUACCUAUUAAAUUAAAUGCAGCAGCGAUCUUAAGAGAGGGUGCCCUCUACCAGCGGAAAAUGGAACAAGAGCUGAACAGAAUUGAAAGUUUGCUGCGAGGGGCCCGUGACCCAUCUGAAUUCUUGGAGUGGCAAAAGCAGAUGCGCGAAAAAGAUUUGGAACAACAGCUGGCUGAGAUUGAGUGUAGAAGGCUUCAAGGGAAACUGAGUCAUGAGGAGGCAGUUCUUGCACGCCAGAAUGUAAUUCAGGAAAACAAAAAGAAGGCUGACCUAAUGAGAGAAGAGAUAGGGGAACUGAUGUGCCAGUAUGCAGAGAGACGUCUUCAGGAACAGAAGGAAAUGAGGGAGUUGGUGGAACAAGUGGUAGAAGGACACAAGAACGCGAAGCAAGCAAAAAUGAAGCUCCAGAAAUACAAACGGCAAAUAGUUCAGGAAGUGUCCGAAGAGAGCCGGGAACUUCUUCGGCAAGCUUUGGAAGAAGCAGAGGAGAAGCUUAGAAAAAGAUAUGAAUUGAUUCAACAGAUCCGAGCCAUUGAAUCUUUACCGCUCUUUAGGAACAAGUUUGUUGACUUAACCCAGACUCCUGGCCAUGGCUUAAUUGGUGAAAUGUCAAUAGUGGAACUACGUGAACGCUUAGCUUUGCUUAAAGAAGCACAGAAGAAGGCAGAGGAAGAGAAGAGGGACCAGAUAAUACAUGAAAAACAAGCUAAGGAACAGCUGCUUCUAGACAAACUAGAGCAGAUUUCCCAGUUCAGAGCAGCACUUGGAAGAGCAGCUACCUUAAGGCAAGAAGAAAAGAAAAUUAAGUCGCGGUUCAGUGAAGGACCUGUGAAAAGUGAGCGUGUUUUAAAUCUGCAGAAAAAGAUUACAGAAAAAACUAUGGAGCGUAAAAAGCAGGCUGAACUCUUAAAGGUUACGCCCCCAAAAACUAGUGCAGUGAGGCCCCGGGAGCCACAAAAAGGCUUUCUGCAAGAGAACCACUGGAAAGUGCUGGAAGAGAGUCGGGCACAACAGUUCAAAAUGCUUCAGCAUGGCCUAGCAUCCAGAGAAGCAGCUCAGAAAAUGGCUGCAUGUGAGGCAGCAAAAAUCGGAGCCACUUCUUGUAUAUUGCGAUCCUAAGUAAAAAACAAUGAUUUUGGAACAGCCUCAGCCCUGGUGGUGAUGGAAACCAUUCCCACUGCAUCUGCCAAGGGUCAGUUUUGCCCUUGUCGCACCUGAACAUGCUAUGGAGUCAAAUUCUGAUGUGCACAAGCAAAACUGAAAAAGAAUUUAGAAUUUUUAUCAAGUAAAAUUGUCAUUUUAAAUCUAUGCUGAAAUGUUUUUCCUUUUAGAACCAGCAGUUGUAAGAAAUGGAAUUACUUACCU